AUGCAGAUCAUCCAUGGCCAGCUGGAGGACUUGAACCAGCUCCUGGUGCUCGGCAGCCCGCCCCAUCCUCGGUGGACUCCCCUGGACCCUGCUGCUUCUGAGGGCUUCCCCGAGGGGCCCGCAGUCCCCAAUGCUGGGCCUGCGGACGGGGCCACGUGCUGGUGCUGUGGCCUGGAGCCAAGCCGCUGGGCAGCUGGAGACAGCCCCACACGGGGGUGCUGUGGACCCCACGCUCAGUGCAGCCACCUCCUGGGCCAGGACUCCAGCAGCACCCUGUCCUGGGGAGGCCGGGACCUCAUGGACGGGCAGAUCCUGGGCCAGCUGCAUCCCCUGGCAGAGCAGGUGGAGGGGGCUAGGGCUACCCCAUGCUGGAGUCCCAGGACCCUACUCUGCUUGAGGCCCUCCUUCCCCUCGAUGGGCUCCCGGGAGGUGCGGCUGGCCUCCUUCUAUGACUGGCCGCUGACUGCCAUGGUGCGGCCCGAGCUGCUGGCCACCGCUGGCUUCUUCUACUCCAGCCAACAGGACAUGGUGAGGUGCUUCUGCUGCUGCGGGGGUCUGUGGAACUGGGAGCAAGGGGAUGACCCCUGGACAGAGCACGCCAGGUGGUUCCCCAGGUGUGAAUUCCUGCUCCGGACAAAAGGAAGAGACUUUGUCUGCGGUGUCCAGGAGUCCUGUUGCCACCCGCCUGGCUCCUGGGACCAAUGGGAGGAACUGGAAGACGCAGCCCCUGCCACCCUCUCAGCUCCUGUGAGCCCAGGCCCUGAGCUGCCCACACCCAGAAGACAGGCCCACUCGGAGGGAGCCAGGGAACCAGGGACUGGGAACCUGGAGGAGCAGCUGCAGCGCCUGCAGGAGGAGCGGACCUGCAGGGUGUGCCUGGACCGGGCGGUGUGUGUGGUCUUCGUGCCCUGCGGCCACCUGGCCUGUGUCCAGUGCGCAGCUAGCCUGCAGCUGUGCCCCAUCUGCAGGGCCCCCAUCCAAAGCUGCGUGCGCACCUUCCUGUCCUAG